UGCUGUGUGAGCUGUGAUUGGUCACAGCUUGUCACAUGGUACAAGGUUGUUGUGAAUAGCCUUGUACCAUGUGACCUCUGUGAUCAUUCACAGAUUUCACACGUAGUAAGCAAUGAUGUCAGAAGUGACAUCUUGCUUACUACUUUGCAUGGGAUCACUGAUUGGCCAAUCAUGUGGACACACCCAGCUCUGACAGCUUGCGGCUCAAUCACCGGGUCCCGGCCAGUGAUUUACUCACCGGUGCCCGGUGAUUUCCAAGGAUCUCCGACAGGGAGGAGGACUGUU